AACCCUUCUGUGGGGUUAAACUGGCUGAGGCUGCGUCGGUACGCGUUAGUGUGAGCAUGUAUAUUUAGUGUGAUCGCUGUCUUUAACCACAUCCUGCCUGCGUGUGACAAAGAGAAGAGAGAAUAAGGAGAAGAGCUGCUUCUCAUCUGGUGGCUCGUCGUUGGACUGGGUGCUGUUGUGACUGGGUGCUGGUGUGUCUGGUUCUGGUGUGACUGGUUCUGGUUCCUGCUGAGAUGUCUCUCCUGCCACCCGUUGUGGGCCUGUUGCUGCUGCUCUCUCUGCCCGCCGCUGCAGCGGGCAUGACGAUGUACGACCCCAGACUCUGCUACAUCCUGGACGGCUUCCUCGCCGGGUACGGUCUGGUCAUCACCGGACUCUACCUUAAGGAGAAGUUUUUCACUUCCAAGAAGAAGAAAGACAAAGAAAACCUCUUCUCGAACCGCACCCAACCAGAACAACAUUACCAACCAUUGAAGAAGCGGGACCCAGAUGCUGAUUACAAUGAACUACCUCUGAAACGAGAACGCCAAAGGAAGAACGAUCAACAGGUUUACCAGGAUCUGAAUCUGGGCAGGGACAGAGACACCUACAACACCCUACCGAUGCAACCCCUAGCUGCUGCCAGCCGCUAAAUAACCACGCUCAUGAACGCACCGCUAAACCGCUAAACAACCAGGCUCCUGAACGCACCUCCAGACCGCUAAACAACCACACUCCUGAACGCACCUCCAGACCGCUAAACAACUGCGCUCCUGAACGCACCGCCAGACUGCUGAACAACCACGUUCCUGAACGCACCGCCAUACUGCUAAACAACCACGCUCCUGAACGCACACCAGACCGCUAAACAACCACGCUCCUGAACGCACCGCCAGACCGCUAAACUACCAGGCUCCUGAACGCACCGCCAGACCCUUAAACAACCACGCUACUGAACGCACCUCCAGACCGCUAAACAACCAUGCUCUUGAACGCACCGCCAUACCGUUAAAGGCACCCAGUG